CUUAUUAUUAUUGUCAUCUCUGAGAUCUCAAGAUAUAUCUCUCGUUCGACAUUAUCUUUUUCAAGACUCCCUAGACUACACCAAGUGAUAGAUAAAGAUCACCAUCAUGCGUUUCACCAGCUAUAUCUUGUCUUGCGCUGCCAUUGCAGCCACUGUCUCCGCGCAAUCUAGCACCGUGAUCAGUGUCUUCGCAGCAGGCCCGACGCAGGUGCCCCUCGAUAACAUCAAGGGCAGCAUAGUAGACGCAAAUGCCGUCGCCACGACGAUGGUCCUAAACUGCGUGGAUGCUCCGAGCGCGACAUGCGCCCUUCAUCAACCUUUCACCGUCACCGAAGGUCCUUCUACCUGGAGCGUGAGCGCUAUCUUCUCGACCGCGACUGCCGGUAUAGAGGCUACGAUUACUCUAGACCAAAAAUGCGAAAUCACCUCCUCGACCCAGUUGGCCUCCUGCUCGGAGUCUGUUGGUCUCCAGGUCAGCACGGAAGGAUUCUCCACUUCUACCGAAACAACCACUAUCACUUCAUAUUCGGGUGAUGAGAUCUACUACCCGACUAUGACUGUGACGGGCGGUAUUGACCAGCUCAAUCAGCCUCAGGCUACCCAGACCCCUGAUGCGGCUGCUGGCCGUAUUGGUAUGGGAGGAGCUGCUGCUGCUGCUGCUGCUGCGGCCGCUGCUGGUUUCCUCUGAAUGAAAUUUAGAGUACUGCUCAAGUCGGUGAUGUGAAGAUUGUUUGAACCUCCAUUCGCAUUGGAAACUGAAUGAGGUCUUGAGGCAAAGAGAGAAACUGGACCGAAUGAUACCCACGGAAAGGAGUCCAUCAUGAACGUGUAUCUACUUUUUGUAUAACGUUGCACUUGCUUGUCAUUUUUCCCUAUCCAUUGUCUUAAUUUUUAUACAAGAAAAAAUCAUUCUUAAUCCAAACGCAAAAUCUACCUAGCUACCUACUAUUAACAAACUCGAAAAUACCCGAUAAUUCAAGAGCGCUGGCG